UCAUCUUCUGCUUUCCACAACACCAGCACCCUUAAGCUCUAGCGGGCUCUGUGCCAGCUCUUUCACACUGCCAUGGCCUCGCCGCCUUCGCAGCCAUCGCCGGUUUCGCAGCCCACGCCCUUGCAGUCUCCCAUCAGUCCAGAACUCCCUCUCCAUCAUCCAACCCCCGACCUACAAUCCCUGCAAGGCGCAUACAUCAGCAACAUAGAACGGCUGGAGGACCGGGCGGAACGCAUGAGCGAAGCUGGCUCAGAUCUAGGAGAAGAGAUCAGGAAGUUACAGUUGGGACAAAAGCUAGCGGAAAGUCGUCGCUCUUCACUUCGUUCCGCAGAGCGCUCAGAAGAUGCAACCAAGUUGGUUUCAGGUCGAAGCCGCAAUGCCUCGGUCAGCUCCUAUGCCAACUCAAUCGUCGAUGUCAAUACCGCGGCUCGGUGGGGUGGAUACUCUCCCGGAGGAUAUGUGACCUCACCUGGAGGCUCCGUUGUCUCCUCCGCUCCUCUGCCUACGACUUCCCACCCACCACUUCAGCGACAACGCUCUGAAUCUCGUGCAUCCCGGCUGGGUCAAAUGGUCCAUAUGGACCAACACGAAGAGGAACCGCACUCACCAGUGGAAGGACCUGCAUCACCGCGCUCAUACAUCUCAGCCCCUCGAUCCGUUGCGCAGAGCCAUGGUUCGCUCUCCUCCUUCACUCAAAAGUAUGAUCAGAUCGCGCAGGAGAUACGUAAAGAGAUGGAUGAAGGCUUUUCCACGGAGGCACACGGAGAAGGGCAGAAAGAUCCUUCGUAUUUCCCGCAUAUCAUACCUGAUCCGGAGCUGCCCGAUAGACCACCUACAGCAGCUUCCACAGAUACCUACCAGCAAGCCCGAGGUUUAUGGCAGGAUUUUGAUGGUGCUCAUUGUCCGGAUACCGUGCCAGAGGAAGAUCCGUCACAAUUAAGUCCGAACGGCAGUAGAAAUUCAUCGCUCCCCAAACCGGCCCCGCAGCCUUUAUUGCAGCCCCCUCCCCCUCCAGAGGACGGCAUGGUUUUCUAUCCUGCACCUGUUCCGCAAACAUUAAACUUGCCCAAGCGAUUGUCGAGGCUCCCGCCCGCUAAUAUCCAAGCAAAGCGCCGAACGCAGCUCCUGGAAGCGAUGCAGACGGAGAACAGAAAGUCCGCUCACUUGUCUAAUACUGGGAUUGAGUCGACAUUACCUAAUAGGAAAAGCAGGCAAAGUUUGGCCAAUAUUCCCCCUCAGCUACGUGCAAGCGCAUUUUUUGACCGUGUCGCACCUAUUCAAGAGUUCGAAGUAAAGGGCGAAUCAGCUGAACAGACUCUGGAUAGCAUCCUGGAAGCCUCUACACAUGCGCCCGUUUCCGCCUUCACCGAUCACCCCAUCGUCGGUGACGUAGGGAAAGAGGUAUACGCUCCAGAGCGGAAGGCCAAAAGAGUUUCGAAGGCUGUGGAAGUCGAUAAGUCCGAUGCCAGGAAGAGCCGAAGCUCGCUCAAUCUCCUUGAUACUCGUCGUAAUUCCAGCGGGGAUCCUUUGAACAAGUUGAAGAAGCGCAAUAGUUCAGCAGAUCUCCACAUGCUUACUGUACGAGCCAGUGAAAGCCGGAUGAGUUUGGCUGACGAAUUGGACGACCCAAGGAGUGAUGCUCGCGGUCCGGAACCAGGGGAUGACACCAACCCCACCGGGCGCUUUUUGAAUGGCGACGAUGGUGGUCAAUCCGACCGGGACGUCGAUGAAACCAGUAAUGGAGAAGAUGAAGAACCCCACUACUUUGGGCCUCCUACUACGCUAUUAGCAGAACUUCAGAUGCGGAAAGAGCAGCAGAAGAGCCGCAAUCUCACCGCUGUGAAACUGUCUAAUGGCCUCCGCUCCACUCUGCUGGAGUUGGACGCUGUCCGUGAGAUUGAGAAGAAGAAGCGAAUGACGCAAAAGGUUCAUCUGGCAUGGGAAGCUCCCUCCCAGCUUGGCGCGGACGAAGAGGAUUCGGACGAAGAUGUUCCCCUUGGAGUUCUAUAUCCAGGCCGAGGAGAACUACAGAAUAAGAAGCUCAGGGCGAGUCAACACGUCUCGGAUUGGGACAGGCCCCUAGGGCUUCUUGCACAGAGGGAACUAGAGGACACCGAACCUCUUAGUAAACGUCGUACCCGACUUAUUAUUUCAGACCCGAGCAAGAGAAGGACACAAAUGCCUGAGAUAUCGCAAAGCCAGCAAUAUUUAGCUGUUCCCACUCGAGGCGAUCUGCAGCCGGAAUCGGAGGAAGAUGAAGAAGAGACCCUGGCACAACGACUUCGUCGACUCAAACAGCGUCAAGCGCUUGAUGAUGCCCUUGACCCAGGCGUCCGCAAGAGCACCGUCAGUGGAGAAUUUGCUGCCGAGAUGCUGAGUACUUUGGGCGUUCAGGACAGCGAAAAGCCCAAACCAUCGCCCUCUCCUGACGACGAAGGAGAAGAAGAGACGUUGGGGCAACGCCGUGCCCGUUUACAAGCCGAGGCACUUGCGCGAGGUGAGACUAAUCCUCUAAGCGGCCGACCUCCUCUUCGAGGUUCCAUGAGCCUUGGAAAUAUUUUGGCAGCGCAUCCGGUCGAUGACAGUAUUACGCCUCGGAAGACAUCCGACGAGGUGCUCAUGUCGUCUCUUGCACCCGGCAGCCUGCUCCAUCAAGAUGCUGCAAGACGAUCGCGCAAAGACGCCGAACGCAUUGAGCGGAACAAUCGCAUCUCGAGCUACGGCACUAUCGACCAUCCCCUCGUCAGUGACGCGACCAAGGCAGUACCUGAACAGACGAUUGCUGCCAACAUUCAGGCCUAUAAAGACAAGCUUACUGGCGUUAACUCUAAACCGCCGGGGUCCCGCGGGACGAUUCCUUCGAUGGUGUUCAGCCCGACGAUGCCAAAUCCAAACCUGCCGGGCAUGGGCAUGGGCAUGGGCAUGGGCAUGGCACCGCCAUAUGCUACUGGAGGAAUGGGCAUACGUCCCGUCAGCGGCUUCGUGUACCCUGGGAACGGCAUCUCACCCCUUCAACAGCAGCAAAUGAUGGCCAUGAAUAUGAAUAUGAGCAUGAUGGGGAUGCCCGCUAGCCCGUAUCAGCAAAUGGGAGGCGGUGGUAUGGACUGGAGACAGUCGUCUAUGAUGAAUCUUCCCAUGGCUGCGCCUUCGCCUAUGCAGAUGCAGAUGCAGGCUGCGAUGGAUCAGAAACAGAGGGAUAUGAUUGACCAGUGGAGGAAUGGGGUGAUGUGAAGGGAGGUGUUGGGUCUCUCUCUGGACAUUUUUUAACCUGGAGAGCGAUUCAUUCUGUUUUGUCCGUUUUUUUUUUUUUUUUUU